AUGGGGAACAACAGCAGCACCCACCGCGUCACCGCACAAGACCGGGCAAUCCUGGACAUGAAGAUCCAACGUGACAAGCUACGCCAGUACCAGAAGAAGAUCCAGACCGUGCUGGAUCGCGAGCACGAGAUUGCAAAGGAGAUGCUCGCAAAGGGCGACAAACAGCGCGCGCUGUUGGCACUUAGGAAAAGGAAGUACCAAGAACAGCUGUUGAUCAAGACGGAUGGACAGCUGCAGGCGCUGGAAGAACUGACAUCGACGAUCGAGUUCUCGCUCGUACAGAAAUCUGUGCUCUAUGGGCUCCGGCAAGGGAACCAAGUACUCAAAGAAAUCCAUAAGGAGAUGUCCUUGGAGAGUGUCGAGAAGUUAAUGGAAGAAACAGCAGACGGCAUCGCAUACCAGCGGGAGAUCAGCAAUAUGCUGGCGGGCCGGAUGUCCAACGAGGAGGAAGAUGAAGUCGAAGAUGAGCUAGAGCAGAUGGAGAAGGAAGAGAGGGCGAAGAGCAUGGCGGCGCAGAUGCCGAAUGCGCCAACCACUACGCCAGUCGCUGCUACCAAGGAGCAAGAAGAAGGGGAAGUAGAGGAAACAGAAACGCAGAGGAGAGCUAGGAGAGCGAAAGAGAGGGCAAGACAGAGGAGAGAGGAGUUGGCGGCGGGACCUGUACCGAUGUUAGCGUAG